AAUACCUUAGUCAAUUUGUUUGUGGAGAUUUUUGAACGCCUCUUAUUUUUGUGUGUGUAUUUUCACCUUUUCACGGUAUAAUCCUCCGGUACUGAUAUUUUCUUAUUUAGAUAACACAAAUGAUAUUGACAUCUCUACGGCGUUUUCAAGGAAGAAAAGAACUACAACUGUUUAAUUGCCAUGUACUUCUGUAUAAAUAUUUUUAAAUUAUAGUAAUUGUACGUCUGGUCACUUAUGUGAAACUGAAUGAAUAGACCUACUAAUAGGUCAAAGAACGAACAGUGAGACUAACAAUUCUACAUUGUCUUCAUAUCACACAUCUACACAUCCGAACCACGCCUCCACAAACUCCAUAAACUUUAAAUCAUCUCCUGGCUCCAUUGCGGAAUUCAAUUAUCAUCUUCUGAAUACGCCCAACUGUCGCCUCACCGUCAAGACAAUUAUAUCGAACAGAUUCCGCUGUCAUUUACUUCUCCAAUAUUAUUAUUUGUAUAGAUGUGAUUUAUGAUUAAAUAGAUCCUCCUACUUCACUUGCAGGUUCAUUCCUGAGUUCAGCCAAUAGGCAGCUUACUUCUGUAAUCAGUCUUUGCAACACCCAACUCGUCAUUGAACUUUUCGGGUUAAACUUUCAUAUAUGUGGGAGAAGGUUUUUAAAAGCUAAAUAAUGCAGGACGAUACUUAAUGUAAAUAUUCAAGCUAAUAGUCAUAAUAAUCAUCAUAAUAAUAACAACAACAGCAUCAAAUCGUAGCUUUCGAUUUACUCUGAAAAGGGUGCAACGUAAAAUUCAGUACAUUUUCCUUGUAGUAAGUGUUAGAAGGCACGUUCCUUAAUUUAGCUCUUUUUACAACACUCUAAACACUCGUCGCGUUAUAUUCUUAAUUUCCAGAUCAACCGCGUUUCCUUUUAUGUAGUCAUCUAAAUCGUUUAGUUUGGGAUGAUCAGUCAUAGCUUCUGAGAACCACGGGAAAAGACUAGACGCCCAGCCGGGAGGAGAGCACAGGAGGCCGGCCUUAGUGAGCUGCAUCAAAGAGACGGACCAUUAGACAGACAGAAGCUAUGGCUCCUAGCGCUGGGCGAUCAGGGCAUGGGGGUGUAAACCAGCUAGGCGGGGUGUUUGUGAAUGGCAGACCCCUACCUGAUGUGGUGAGGCAAAGGAUUGUAGAGCUCGCGCACCAGGGAGUCAGACCCUGUGACAUCUCGAGGCAACUACGGGUCAGCCACGGCUGCGUCAGCAAAAUUCUUGGCAGUUUUCAUUACAGAUACUACGAGACUGGAAGCAUUAAGCCGGGAGUAAUCGGAGGGUCCAAACCAAAAGUCGCAACUCCUAAGGUUGUGGAUAAAAUCGCAGACUACAAACGGCAGAAUCCUACCAUGUUCGCCUGGGAGAUACGAGACCGACUGUUGGCAGAAGGUAUCUGCGACAAUGACACGGUCCCGAGUGUGUCAUCCAUCAACAGGAUUAUUCGGACCAAAGUUCAGCAGCCAUUUCAUCCAUCUCCAGACGGAACACCGCUGUCAACUCCUGGCCACACCAUAGUACCAAGUACAACCUCCCCACCGGUUUCCAGUGCUUCCAAUGAUCCAGUGGGUUCUUACUCCAUCAAUGGCAUUCUGGGUAUUCCGCGGUCAAAUGGCGAAAAGAGGAAACGAGAGGAUGAUGGUUCAGAUGGUUCUGGCCCAAACAGUGAUUCUCAGGGUAGUGUGGACAGUUUACGGAAGCACCUGAGAGCAGAUGCUUUCACUCAGCAGCAGCUCGAAGCUCUGGACCGGGUCUUUGAGCGGCCGUCAUACCCAGACGUCUUUCCGACAUCUGAGCACAUCAAACCCGAGCAGGCUAAUGAAUACUCGCUACCGGCACUGAACUCCGGACUGGACGAAGUGAAGCCUAGUUUGUCAGCCAGCACCAACCCGGAACUGGGGCCCAACGUAUCACAAUCCUACCCUGUAGAAUCCCACUCAUCCUCGGUCUGUGUAAAGCAGGAGCCCCUCGAGGCGUCUCUGGCCCCUUUCACUCCCUCGUCCCUGGCGGGCUCCGGCCUAGCGCACCACCAGCCAUUCCAGCCCACUGUGUCAGUAGACGCCUCCACCCCUUGCUACACUGCCUAUGCCCGCAACGGCCCCAGCUACGGGCAGUAUGCAAGCCAGCCUAUCCUCGCAGGUCGAGACAUGGCAAAUACAACCCUACCUGGGUACCCCCCUCAUGUGCCCCCUACAGGACAGGGCAGCUAUCCCACCUCAACACUUGCUGGAAUGGUUCCUGGGAGCGAGUUUUCAGGGAACCCCUACAGUCAUCCACAGUACACAACGUACAAUGAAGCUUGGCGGUUUAGCAACCCAGCUUUAUUGAGUUCCCCUUAUUAUUAUAGUGCCGCAUCAAGAGGCUCAGCUCCACCCACUGCUGCCACUGCCUAUGACCGCCACUAGUUACAAUGGAAACCAAAUCAAACUACAGGACGAUGCUUUUGUCCUCCAUAUUGUACCGGUGUGAACAGCGUUAAGGUCAAAGAAACGGAAAGUGGCUUCAAAACAUCCCAUCUCUUGCUCAGAGAAAGGAGGACGGACUAAUAGGGACACCCGACGACUCCACACAAAUCUGACCCCUCUGACUUCAAGUCCUGGUCUCCCAUCAGCAAGACUGUACAAUUCCAGAAAGACUUUGAGAGAUUCUAAAUAUAUAUAUUAUAAAAAAUGAAGAAAAACUUGGUGUGAAGAAAGCGAAGUUAAAAAAAAAAAAAGUGACGUGGCUUUUUCUCCUAUUUUAUUAGUUUGAUUUUCUCGUCAUGGAUCAACACGUUCCUUCACUUUGAUUGAUCUCGCCUUCCCGAAGAAUCCGGUCUCAAACACGAUUACGGCUCACUCAGCAUCAGGUCCUCCUGGUUUCGUAGCAGUUCCAUGGUUUACUGGUUUACCGAGAGCGUUGUGUGCUGAAGACAAUAGCAUCAGAGUGGGCUGCAGUUUGGUGCUUUACUCUCCUCCGCUGACUCUAUCCAUAUUGGUUCCUGAUCUGCAGAACAGCAUGUGUGAACAUAUCCGUUCUUGACAAAUGCCACAGAAAACGAUAAGUGGACAUUCUUUCUUUUCCUGUGAUACACAAUCAGAUGUAAAAAGAACAUAUGUGUGAAAACGAAAGGAAGUCACAGAGCAUUGUGGUCUUCCACACACCCGAAUUUAAAAUUAGCAAAAUAUAUACUUAAUUUUUUGGUUAAAUUAAUUUUUGGUAUUACUGUUGCUGUUAUUACGAAGGUCUUUAGGAACAUUUAGAAUUGUUUGGUUUUUUUUUUUUUUUUGUUGUUUUUGUUCUUUUCUUCAGUCGUUUUUGUAUUUCUGGGACACAGCAAAUGAUACAAGUCCUUACAAUAUUCAAUUUGUCCUUGAUUUUGCACUAUUAUCUGAGGGUCUGACACUGUAGGAUUGUAUCAUGCAGAAUUCAAUUAAGACUGCUACCUUUUCCUGCAGUGGGACAGCAUGGAAAAUUGUCAAGGAAAAUAAACAAGUGUAAAGGUUACUUACAGCAAUUGGGUUGAGCUAGCACUUAAAAAGCGACAAAAUGGAAGUUCAUGUUCAGGUUACAUUUCCCAUUACAGGCAUACCAACAAAUACCACUCUGUGUUUAAAUUUAGGAGUAUUUUAAAUGCACCAGUCCAUGAAUACGCAGUGUACGUGCAUCGAAGCAUCUGUCCAAAGUGCUGUUUCUCCAAGUUCCCGAUGAUUCAAACGACCUUCAGUUUUUAUACCUAACUUGUAACGUACCGAGAUGUAUCAGUGUUCAGUUUCCCAUGUGUGUUUUGGUUCGCGCUAAACGCCAAAUGUGCGUGCGCGCAUGUGUCUGUUCGUGUGUCUGUGAGCGACAAGGAGAGAAAGCAAUGCUGAUGUCUCAGUGUCCUUCUGCACGCCGGAAACAUGCAACUUCAAGAAGGGACACAUACCAAUCUUUAGGAACAGCCAUGAUAGCCUUUAAAAGACACUGUGUUCAUCUAUUCUUUCUUUUAAGCUAAUACAAAGUUGACCUUCACUCUAAUGUCAGUCACAGAAUAGUAUUUCACAAGGGAAAGUCAACAGGAACAUGCAAGGCUCCGGGGAACCCCUUCAACUUUCCAUAAAAUGCUACAAUUAUUUAUUACAGAGACCAUUUAAUGAAAGCAAUCCGUAGCUUCAUUACAUUUUUUUCCCCCUAAAUAGUAAAUAUAGUUCAGAAGGAAUUGGGGGAAACCUUUUUAGAGAACAUUUUUCAUUCAUACUGCUCCUAAAAUGUAAAGUGAAUGUACUUUUUACUGCAUUUGCCAAAGAUUUAGUUCGUGUUAAUAUUUUAUUUACAGUAUGUGUAUGCAUUGUACAAGCAGUAUUAUAGUAAAAAACGAAAUAACUAGUCAACUCUGAAAAUGUAUGUGGUAAUAUUAUGCAGAGGAAAAAAAAAACGAUCAUCAUAUGCAUAUUAACCUGUAAAAAUUGGUGAAUUCUUACAGUUAUUUAAUGUCAUGUUAUUUGCGACAAAUUGCUGCUUCGUAGAAUGGUUUGUGUGGAGUGCGAGGACACGUCCACUCUGUAUAUACCGAAAGAACAGCUACAUCCUGAACGCAGCGUCAUCCCAGUUUGCUUCGUCCCGUUUGUAGAUACGAAAAGGAGAAAUAACAGCAUAGCUUUUUAUUUUUGUCUAAAGUCCUGUCAUGCUCUAGGAAAAGGCAAAGCAUGGAACCAACCCGUAAGCCAUUAGAAUCUCCGGUCCAAACGUGUUACUCACCCUCACCUGUACGUUUGACUCUGUACUUUUUUUUCCUUUAUUUGUUUACUUCCAAUUUUUUUUUAUAAUUGCUAUGCAAAUCGAGAAGAAGAAAAAAAAGUCUUUCUUUACCAUCUUCUUUUAUUGGACUGUUUUACCGACGCAACUACAGCUUUCGGUGUGAGAGGAAAUUCCCGACGUGCUUGCUAGGUGUGAUCAAAAAUAUUUUCAUUCUCUGAUUCUUAAGGCUGUUUUCACAACCGUCGUCUGAUUGUGACCUUCAUUCCACGUUCAUUGUGAAGUGUGACUACGUUUCAGCCGACGUGGCCAGUGGGGCCCCCCUGGGGGGCCUCCUGCCUCACGUUUGGCGAGAACUUUUUUGUGACUAUUAGAUGUUAUAGUAACGGCAUCGCUCAACCUAUGUAAUUGUGGUCAAUUUGCAUGCUUUUUUCAUACAUGCACACCCUGUGGAAUUGAAAAAAAUGUUGCAAAAUAGUAAAUUCCUAUACAAAGGUAUAAUUUUUAAAGCUACUGUGAACAUUACAUCUGAAUCGGGUGACCCUAUAACUCCUACAAUCUUAUGGCAAAGAGAAAUAAAUAAAUAAAUAAAAAUGGGAAAAAAAACACAAAAUCUACCAAGGACUGCAGCCCCCUUGCUCUGAAACAGGAAACGUGUAACAAUCAUAUUGCACUUUGACUAUUAACUGCUAUAUUUCUUACUGAACUCUGGAUCUGACAGUUGGGUACCACUGUUGACUACCUGAACUGAAAAAAAAGAGACGAAGGAAGCUAUGACUGCAGAGCUUAUUUGAAGGAUCGGGUCUCCUACAGUUGUAAAAAUGAUACAAAGCAAGUGUCACAGAUCUGAAAAAGGAUUUUCCAUGGUCUAUAACUAAAGCCACGAGGCUUCAAUCAUUGUUCCAGUUCUGUUCGAAUUUUUUGGUGCACAUGAGAAAUAAAUUUUUGUAUGUCAACACGGC